AUGAGGUUCCAAAUAAGCAACACCGUAGUAGGUGCUCUCAACAUUCUAUCUCUCCUGCUUGGUCUCUCUGCCCUUGCAACCUCCGCUUACAUUCACUUUCACGGAGGCGAUGGUGCCUCUGAUUGCCAGAAGGUUCUCCAGUAUCCUCUCCUCAUUGCUGGAGUUUUCAUUGUCAUCAUCUCUACGCUUGGCAUAGUAGGCUCCCUAUGCCGCAUCAACUUCGCAUUGUAUGCCUAUCUGCUCAUCACCUUCCUCCUUAUUGUGGCUAUGAUUCUCUUUACCAUUUUUGCCCUCUUUGUAACAAACAAGAAGGUUGGCCAGCAAGUCUCUACCAGAGCCUAUGGCGAGUACGUGGUCACUGAUUUCUCUCACUGGCUUCAGCAUUACGUUGUCAACAACAAAAAUUGGGAUGAGGUUAAGAGUUGCUUGAUGGAUGCUGGUGUUUGCCAUGAUCUUGCUAUCCACGGUGGCUUCAACCAUAGCAAUGAAGAUCUCUUUUUCAAGCACUUGUCCACCACGCAGGUAGGGUGUUGUAAGCCACCUGCGAAUUGUGGAUUCAAGAUGAAGAAUGCUACAUACUGGGAAGCUCCAAAGACAGGAGCAAGUUGGGCGAAUAAUUCAGAUUGCAAGACUUGGAGUAACAAAGAGGACAAACUUUGUUAUGAUUGCAAUUCAUGCAAAGGUGGGGUGUUGGCCAAUAUAAGGAACCAGUGGAAGCAUCUCACCAUAUUCAACUCUGUUGUGUGUGUGCUUGUAACCGCCAUUUAUGUUUUGGGAUGCUUUGCCAUAAGGAACAACCGCAUCGACAUGUACAACAAGAACCACACACACCCUUGAUCUCUUUUCAAAUGCUAUGUUUUCUUUAGGCUUCAGGUUCGGACUUUUAUUUUUAU